CCGCGUGACAGAAGCUGAGCGGUUUGAGGGAGGGUGCCUGAGGUCAAAAGGGCUGUACAUCAGGAGAGAUUAGGGUGUGCUGGGUAUAUAAGACAGGGACGGGGCAGACAGGGGAAGCCCUGAAUUCAGAGAGUGCAGAAAAACACUAAGGAGUUGACGAAACCCAACCUCUGGCUCACAAGCAGCACAUCAAGCCAGCUUUCCCCCACUUCACUGAGCAAGCAAGAAAACCACUGCAAUGGGCGAUGCUGCAGGUGAGGCGAAGAAGGGACCCCCCAAGUUCAAGCAGAGGGCUGCCCGCGUCUUCAAGAGCAAGGCCCCCAAGCCUGGCCAGAAGGGGUUUGGAGAUGACAUCCCAGGAAUGGAUGGACUUGGAACAGACUUCACAGUGGUGUGCCCAUGGGAAGCAUUCGGAGACAUGGAGCUCAGCGAUCUGGCCAAAUAUGGAAUUGUGUAGUCCCUCUCCUUCACCCCCUCCUGCCCCCCCUUCUCCUCCAUGCCUACCUCCUCUCUAAAGAGGCCCAGAAUGCCUUGCUGUCUUUACAGUGUAUUGCGACUCGGGACGUUUUUUUUUUUUAGCCAUUAGCUCAUUUGGCCGUUGACACGGCAACCAUGGAUUAGAAGAACCAUUAGCAACCACGCAAGGCAGGCUCCAUAGCUCUCUAACUUUAAGCAGUUAAGCAUCACUAUUGUUCAACAUCGAAAUGUGCUCACCAUGCCUAUCCAAGAAAUAUGACCAUGUAGAUUAUUGUGCGACCAAUGGGAAAGGAACAUUCCGGCAUCUUGCUUGCGCCCCAUUAUGCUGCCUUUAGCGGUCAUAGUGGGGCAAUAAGGCAUUCCGUUACGCCAGGACACUGCACUGGUGUUUGUUGAUGACUGCUAUGAGUUGAGAACAUAAAGGAGUACAC